UAUAUUUUAUAAAAUUCAUGUGAAAAUAAAAGUGCUGAAAGUAAUAAUUUCCACGACUCAUUUUAGCGCUUACCGUCUAAGGAGUUCUUGAUGUUACCAUAACGGCAAAUGACUCGGUACACAACUUCCACGUGUCUUUUUCACUAUUCUUCAGCAUCCACGUCAUCACCUCACAUAUAACAAAAUAUAAAAAUAAAAGAAUUCUUAAUAACCACGUGUCAUAUUCCUCAUUUCAACCAAAAAGACAAACCCCGAAAAAUCUUCACCUUCUUUAACCGUCAAAACCAGGAAAAAUUACACAAUAAACAAUGAAUCACCGUUGAUAACGGUGAAUUUGGAUUCACUUAUAGUAAAAUUAAAUAUAUAUUAAUUUUACUAUAUAAAUAUUUAAAAAUAGACAUUAAUAAAAAAAAUUUUACUUUUUCUUUUAAGGUUGUUUUCCAAAAAUUAAUGAAACAAAUUCGAUUGGGUUCUCUUCUCUCUCUCUCUUCAUUUUCCUUCAAAGGGAAGAACUGAAAAACAACCAUUCAGCUGUUCACAUGAGAAUCAUGAACUUUUCGGUGGGAUUGGAUUAAAAAGCAAGAGCAACUUCUAGAGACUCUCUCUCUUUUCUAUUCUUUUGAUUUUAUUAAAAAAGGCAAGAUUUUUCUUAGGCUUCCUGAGACUUUUGACUUGUUCAACCUCCAUUUCUCAAUCCUGUUGUUGUUGUUGUUGUUGUUGUUGUUGUUGUUGUAGCUUUGAAAGGAGAACCAAUCUUUGUUCAUUACUGUGUUUAUUUUGCUACAUUAUUGGCCUCUAUAAUAAAUGGGAUUAGAGGGCCUUCAAAGCCUGCGGAAUUUUCAUCUUUUAGUUCCUCAUUCAUCAUCUUCCUGUGGGAAACCCGUCUGUCCUAGAUCAUACUCUUUAUCCUCAUUUCGAAACCUAAGCAAUCUCUCUUUCGCCUAUUCAUUAGGUCGUCCUUCUACCCUUUUUGGCUCUUGUGAUAAUCUCAGAAGUUCUGGUCUAAAACGAUCUUGCAGUGCUCAAUCUAACGAGUUUUUCAAUGAAGAGUUUGCCAAUAAGGUUCAAGAUUUCGCAAGAAAGUUGGGUGUUACAGAUGACAAGGAUAACAAAUAUAAUGAUACUGCUUCUUCUGCAGUUUCAGAGAUUUCUAAACAUUCAACAUGUAAGGAUGGCACGAAGAGCAGAGAAAAAACUGAUCCUUCUAUUUCGUUUUUGCCUUCAUUUCUAGAGCCUAAUUUUCUUGGAAUCCAACCAGAGCCACCAGAGUGGCCAGAGAGAGAUGAGAUUGCAAAGAUGAGCAUUGUUAUCAAAGCAAACAGUGCUGAAAUCCCUUUAUCUCUGAGGAUGAUAGGUAGAAAGCAAAAAUGGCAAGAAGGUUUUGUUGAUGCAGGGGAUUUUGCAUACUGUUCUGUGAAGAAAGCUUUUUCUUCAAUGGUGUUUAUAAUUCGAGAGCUUCAAAAUUAUGCUUUGUCUAUAAGGGAAAGGCUUUACAGCGAAGAUUUACAGGCAGUUGUGAAUAAGUUUCAGAAGGAAAUGAAUGCUUCCUUUGUUUGGAUAUUUCAACAAGUCUUUUCUCGAGCUCCCAAUCUCAUGGUCUAUGUGAUGCUUCUUUUAGCUAAUUUCACAGUACAUUCAAUGACUGGUAAUAUGGCAGCUAGCCCAUCUAGAAGAUUGUACCACAAGUUGAUAUCCACACAGGAAACGAGUCUAGAACAAAUUAGUGGUGAGAGAUUAUCGACUUCAUUGCCUGAUAUUUCAUUUCCUGGAUAUGAAGAAAUCAUUGAGGAGGAAGAGAUUGAGUUGUGGAACUUAGUGGUGGAAGAAGCUGCAAUAAUGCAAGAAGAAUCAAGAUAUCCAGUUCUUGAUCAAGAGACAAUGAAGCACCUUUUGUCACCCAUUUCUGUAGAGAUUGAACCUGACGAUUAUGUGGAGUUUCAUAGAACAGAUCUUGUUUACCAGAUGAGUGUUGCUGAGGAUCCAAAUAACCCUCUUCUUCUCUCUAAUUAUGCUCAGUUCCUCUACCUAGUUCGCCAUGACUACGACAGGGCCGAGGAGUGCUUCAAGCGUGCGAUAAUGUCAGGACCACCGGACCCGGAGACGUUUAGUUGUUAUGCAGAUUUCUUGUGGCUAGUAAGGAAGGAUUUGUGGAAUGCAGAAGAGGUAUACCAGCAAGCAAUGGAAGCUGCACCCAACAGCCAUUAUUAUGCUUCAAAGUAUGCUUAUUUCCUUUGCAGGACAGGAGGCGAAGACACUUGUUUUCCUCUUGGUACUUAUUACAAUAAAGUUAUGUAAUUUGAACAGGGAUGGUUAUUGUAAAUAUGUGCUGCUCAUCCCCCUUCUUCCUCCUUCCGUCUCAACAAAAAAUAUAAGUAUGUGUGUGUGCGCGUGCGCAAAUCUGCACACCCAUCAGAAAAAUUUAGCCUGAUUUUUAGCUUUAACUUCUAUUUUCUUUUCUGUAGUUGACUAAGAGAUAACAAGGAAUUUUGCAAAUAUCAUGUGCAUGGAAUUGCAAGUCUAUUCUGAAAAUAUCAUAAUGAAAUUGCUUCCUAUUUCUCA